UCUGUGUUUCAGCUUCUAAUCUACCACCAUCUUCUGGGAAGUCCUGAGGGGGGACUGUUUGUGGUGGUAGGUGCCAGGAUUCAUUCCAAGGUCUCCUUGUUAAAGUUGCCUUGUGUGCAUCGGCGCCGGGAGAAGGAAGAGACACGACUCGCAGUCAGUCAGUGUGUUGAAAGCCUGGUUUAGUAUGUACAGCUCUCACUGGUAUUUUGUGGACUCUUUGGUCACCUUUUGGAGGCAGGCAGAGAAACCAUUCAACCAGUGGGACUAAUAUGGAAGAAGUGAAGUUGGAUGGUUUAAGAGAGAUUGGACAUUUGUUGUGGAUUAAUGAUUUUAUUCUGACGUAUAUGUGUAAUGAUAAGCAUUCAGUAUUACAAUGUGCAACUCCAGGUUGAUAUUGCAUCCAUCAUAGAUGAAGACUUCUUUUAUUUAUCAUUCUUUCUACAGUUGUGUCAGUUUAUUUAAAGGAAAAUAUAUCUUUGAUCUGAAUGGAAAGGUUGCUUUCUUCUGUACUUUGAACUUACACUAUAUUAGUGAGUGUGUUAAUUUAUCAUUGAACAAAAGACAAUGGCUGGUUACGGGUAUCAAGACUUUUUGAACAGUCUUAAAAAACUUCCGGAUGAAAGAACGCAAGAGGACCUGAAAAUACUUUAUACUCAUCUUCAUGGAAUGGGGGCAUUGUCUUCUCUUCGAGAAGCAUCUCUUAGAAGUUUAUGUAAAACUGUGAGAUAUGAAAAACAUGAUGCCAAUGACAUCCUUUAUUGCCGGGGUGAGUUAAGCUCGUGCUGGUACAUUCUUCUGUCUGGUUCUGUUUUCAUCGAUGGGUCGAUGUUCUUGCCGAGAAGCAGCUUUGGAAAAAGGACAGCAGGAGGUGGACGCCGGGUAAAUGAGUGCCUUAUUUUGGAAUCGUCCGAAAUGAUUGCGAUUGAUUAUCCGGACGUCCAGCUGAUGCGGCCUGGUCAGCGACAGUCCUGUACUACCAUGAACCUGGAAAAACUACUCGCUCUCGAACAGGACGAGGUAUCUGUGGAACCUCGUCCUCAUCGAUUACACAUGGACGGCACUGACGUAGUAGAUCACCGGCCUCACCAUCACAUACAGUUAUCUGAAUAUCAGCCAGUGCAAACCAUGUUACACAGAGGUGAAAAUUUGCUCAAAUCCAACCGAAGCUCCCAUGGCAGUGAUACUUCUUCAGCCUAUUCAGGAUCUGAUACCAUGCAAUCAGUGCAGUCCUCACUGGAGGACCAGGAAGUGGACCUUUCUGGCCUUAUGGAGAGUGCUGUGGAUUCUGAUGAUGAGGAGGAUCUGGCUGAGUUAAUUGAUAGCCUCACUGUGAGAGACACUGUGCGAGAAUGUCUUGAGAAGGACUCUUCAGAAAGGACAGAUGAUGAUAUUGAAGUUUUGUUGGAGCUCAUGCAACACUUACCGGCUUUUGCUAACAUGACUUUAGCAGUAAGAAGAGCAUUAUGUGCAGUAAUGGUUUUUGCUGUUGUCGAAAAAGCUGGGACAGUUGUGAUGAAUGAUGGAGAGGAACUCGAUUCCUGGUCCGUCAUUGUUAAUGGGCAAGUGGAAGUUGAACUUCCAGAUGGGAACAUUCAGGAGUUGCAUUUUGGAGACAGUUUUGGGAUAACUGCCACAACAGAGAAAAUGUAUCAUCAGGGAACAAUGCGCACCAAAGUGGAUGACUGUCAGUUUGUUUGUAUUGCUCAGAGUGAUUACCACAAAAUUCUCCAUCAGGGAGAAGAAAACACUAAAAAACACGAAGAAGACGGUCAAGUUAUCCUUGUAACAGAACGGAGGAUCUUGGAUGGAGGAAGUCGUCAGGGUCACGUGGUCAUUAGGGGAACAUCCGAUAGUCUAAUGGCUCAACUAGUGGAAGAAAAUACUCUGGAUCCCAGCUAUGUAGAAGAUUUCCUACUGACACAUAGAACCUUUAUUUCUUCUCCUCUGGUGGUUGCAAAUAAUCUUCUAACUUGGUUUAAAGACCAUCAACUGCGAGACAAAGUGACUAGAGUUGUUCUCCUAUGGAUUAAUUACCACUUCCCAGAUUUUGAGAUGGAUGCAGAUAUGAUGGAAUUCCUUGAGAAGUUUGAAUCUGUUCUUGAACAAGAGAAAAUGCAAAGUCAAUUACGUUUACUUAAUAUUGCUUGUGCCACUAAGGCUCGUAGUAGGACAAUCACUUUGGCUCGCUCUACACGGGAUGAUGUCCUUCACUUCUCUAUUCUUGGUGGCUAUGAGCGUGGAUUUGGAAUAUUCAUCUCUAAGGUUAACAAGGGCUCUAAAGCUGAAGAUGUGGGUUUACGAAGAGGUGACCAGAUUCUUGAAGUCAAUGGACAAAGUUUUGAACAUGUUAGCCAUGCUCGAGCUCUGGAAAUCUUACGAGGGACAACACAUCUUUCAAUUACUGUUAGAUCCAAUCUUUUAGCUUUUAAAGAAAUGCUCAAUACACCUGAGAAUUCCCCCCGCCAGCGAGGAAGAAAAGUUUCAGAAAUUGCUCGUUUGCAGUCUGAUCCUAGAGCUAGGUUAUCUUCUCACUUUGACUGGGGAGAUAUCAAAGGAGAAAUGGUUAUUCCCUUAGAGCUGGGAGUGAGUGCAUUACUCCAACCUCCAAAUUCACCUCCACCCCAGUGUUUGAGAACUUCUUCUGGUCCUGUUGGUGAUGGUAAACAAGAAAAAAAAGGCUUCAAGACUCUCAGUAACCGAGGAAAAAUAAAAAAAGCACUUGCAAAAAUGAAUAUCAUACAUAAAUCUGGUAAUAGUGAAUCUCAACUGAACAGUUCAGAUGAUAGUUUAUAUUCCUUACGCAGUGGGAGCAGUAAUGGUUCAACAAAUCACCAUAGGACAAGGGCAGUGUCUCCUAAACGAUCUUCUGGAAGUGGCUCCCUUUAUCAUAGUCACAGCAACCCAGACCUUGCAUCAUUAUCAGCUUAUUAUGAACCAGAGCUAAGGCCAGAUUUUCCUGAGCAUGUGCUUAAAGUGUACAGAGCAGAUCAAACUUUCAAAUAUUUACUUAUUCAUAAGGAGACUACUGCCAGAGAGGUAGUAAUGUUAUCGCUCCGGGAGUUUGGCAUUACUGACCCAAGCAGCAAAUACUCUUUGUGUGAGGUGACUUGUGGAGAAGGAGGUGUCAUAAAACAAAGAAGACUACCUGAUCAGAUGCACAAUUUGGCAGAGCGCAUUGGUCUUAGCAGUCGUUACUACUUAAAGAACAACUCCUCAACCGAAGCUCUAGUACCUGAUGAUUUAGCAGGGGAACUCCUCCGAGAGAGUCAAGUUCACUUCCUCCAGUUAAACAGUGUGGAAAUAGCCACCCAGCUUACUUUGGAAGACUUCAGCAUCUUCUGCCAAAUUGAACCCACAGAAUAUAUUGAUGACUUGUUUGAUAUCAAAUCCAGAUAUGGAACGCCAAAGCUUUCAAAGUUUGGCGAGCUGGUCAACAGAGAGAUGUUUUGGGUAGUGACUGAAGUAUGUAGUGAACCAAACCACUUGCGAAGGAUGAAGAUUAUAAAACAGUUCAUCAAAGUAGCAAGACAGUGUAAGGAAUGUAAAAACUUCAAUUCUAUGUUUGCUAUCCUGAGUGGACUUGAUCAUGGAGCAGUAUCCAGACUGAGGAGUGCAUGGGAGAAACUGCCAUCUAAGUAUUCCAAAAUGUUUAAGGAUCUGAGUGACCUCAUGGACCCAUCUCGAAAUAUGUGUAAAUACAGAACACUAAUCAGCAGUGAACAUACUCAUCCUCCUAUGAUACCAUUUUAUCCUGUCGUGAAAAAGGAUCUCACGUUCAUCCAUCUAGGCAACGACACAAAGGUGGAAGGUCUAGUUAACUUUGAAAAAUUGAGAAUGGUGGCCAAAGAAGUGCGACAACUCCUUAACAUGUGUUCAGCUCCGUAUGACCUUUUUAACAUGCUGGAGUUAGGAGGAGCCAAUCCUUCCUCUGCUAUGGCUUCUUUGAACAGCUUUGCCACAACUACUAAUGCUGCAACUGUAAAGAGAAGAAAAAAGAGCACCCCACAACCUCAUCCAAAGAAGAUGUUUGAAGAAGCACAAAUGGUGAGAAGAGUGAAAACAUAUUUAGCUAACCUUAAAGUUAUCACUGAUGAAGAUUUGCUGAGAAGUAUGUCUGUAGAAUGUGAACCAAUGACAGGAGCAGGUGUCGCUAGUAUCCAGCCUAGAAAACGAAACCCUUCACCGACCUUAUCAACAGCCAGUAGUAACAGCAGUACAUCAGAGGGAAAGAAAUCCAUAAACUCGGGAAGAAAAUUUGGUACAGAAUCACCUCAGGCUGUAAGAAAAAUGUUGGCUCUUUCCGAUCAUAGUAAACUUCGCCCCCAUCAACCUAAUAGACACUCCCAUUCCCCUUCUCCUUCCCCAAAUACAGCUCGACGAUGGCAAGACAAUGGCCAUGGUCAUGGUCGGUCUCAUAGUGAUACCCACAAUCCUUCAAUGCUUCCAGUAGACCUGUCAGCAGAGAGUUCUAGUGUGACCAGUCUAAAUCAACUUCCACUGCGUAAAUCACAGACUUCAGGGUCAGUCACAUCCACAGACAGUAGCAGUGGAGGAAGCUGCCGAUGCCACCAUGGUUAUGAAGUGGAUUCCGGUCAUAAUUCUGUUGGUUUUGACAGCCAUAGCAAUAGUUCCAUUGGAUCUGCUAACUCACCACCUCAACAUCGGCGUUCUCAUUAUAUGUCACACUCCUCCCCUCCUGUUAUUAAUCGGAUGAGAACAAAUGCACCAUACAUUCCUCAUGGGAUCCAGGUACUUCCGCCCAUUCCUCCUGGGCCUACAGGUCUUCCAUCAUCCUCAGUACUCAUGCCUCCACCCCCUCCUCCACGGGAUAGUCAUCAUUACCCUUUGAUCCGUGCACGAAGGCCUUUAGACUACCCUCACCCAUCUAAAGCAAUGCCACGUGGGCGUCAUAUGGGUCAGUUAGCCAGAGCUCAUAGUCAUGAUGGCAUGACAUCUGUAGGUUACUACAAUGCUGAUGCCACAGACCCUGAUGAAGAUGAAGAUGAAGAGACUCAAGUAUCAGCAGUGUAACUAGAAUCUCACAUGGUGGGCUUGUAUGGCAGCAAUUAUCUCUAUAACAUGAUUUGUAUUGUAAAUUGUAAUUUGUUCUAUAGAAGCUUGCUAGUCCAUAAACAUAAUACUUCUAAAUAAAGACUGUUAGUCAGGGAAGAAAGGAUUGGUGAAGUAUUCCAGCUACAGUUAAUAGGUAAAUCAUACCUUCCAUUUUUGGACAAGGAAAGAGUGUGGAAUGAAUGUAAAAUACAACCUUGGUAGUGUGGUUCGUUGUUGUUGUUGUUACAUGUAGAUGGCUGGUGUAUUUGGUGUUUGUAUCUAUUGUAUAUUGACCACAAUUUGUGGUCACAUUUUUAUUUUUAUUUUGUAUAUAAGUGUAAUAUGGAGGAGAACCAUAAUAUGGACUUGCAUGAAACCAAAUAUUGUGUUGACAUGACCUUAACUUAAGGAUUAGUGCUUUACAGAAAGGACUGAAGAAGUCAACUAUUUUGAGAUAUUGUACAUGUUAAACAUUCUCUUUGUAUGAAAGUGUAUUCCUUUUAUAAAUAGCAACUUGUAAAAAGUUAUUUUUACCCAUUGUGCAUAGGUCAGUUGGAGAUAAUUUUUAAAGAGAAAUAGAAGCUAUUUCAUUUCAUGCUUCAAUAGUUUUUCUCCUUUUGUCUAAUGUUUUAAGUUAAGUUAAACUAAACAAUUUAUGAUUAAAAUGUGAUAAUAAAACUUCGUAAGUAAAAAUCCGUUAAUUAUUGGCAAGAUAGAUUAAGUCUGCAGAAAUCAGUUUAAUUAUUAUCCUUGUUGAUGAAAUUAUGGAACACUUAAAUAAAUUCAAUACCUAAAAGCAGUUUUGAGUGAUAGAAGAAUGUUUUAAAUUCCCAUGAGUUCUGGCUGUAUAUUAUUGGUGUAUAUAUAUAGGUGAACAAUAUUAGACUACCCUCUAUUCUAGAUGUUCUCUAUUUCAAUAAAUAUACUGGAAUAAAGAUUAAGUUUAUUUUAAAUAUUGUCAAUCAUUAACAUUUAGUACAAAAUGAGAAUGUGAAAACAAGUAUUUAUAUCAGUCUGUGAACUCAUCAAGUUUUAAAAGUCCUACGUUACAGCAGUAGAAUAUAUAGCCUGGUUUACACAAGUUGAAUAUGUAAUAAAAAAAAAAAAUUAAAUGAAA